UUUGUAGCCAUUCAGCAGCCUGGCGCCGCAGAGAGCGCACUGAGCCAGAACCUGCAGAACGUCGAUUCACAGCGCAGGUACACAAGGAUACGGUUAGGCGGCAUCCGCAGGCAGUAGGGCUGAUCUACCGACGAAUCCGUAUGGUUUAUACCCGCACAUCGCCGUUCUACUCUGGAUCUCCUUUGCGGAACCUAGAAGUGGAGGAGCGUUAGCGUUUGGAGUCGUGGAGUUAUAUAAGAGCGGAGGAAGCUUCCGCGCCGUCGCAGGGCCAGUGUGACUCAUUGAUAAAUAACACGGACUCUCUCUGGCCAGAUGCAUGAAUGAGCGCCAGUGUGGGCAACACGCAUCGGGGAAAUCACUGAUUUUUAUGAACCCGCUUCAAACGCGCCAGACACCGAGCUGGUUUCUGAUUUGUACUUUUAUUUCUUUUUUAUCCUCACUUGCAACUGUUGUUGUGGAUCGGGUAGACUAAAAAUAAAACCGUGGACAGAUUUUUUUUUUUUAAAUUUUUUGGUUGCCUUGCCUUCAACCAUAAUCUCCUUUUCUGAAAUCAUCCGACUCCUGCCUAUAAAUGCUUGACAAGCUCAAGCCCGUCGUCCAGCUCGACUCGGUAAUGGCGAUCAGCAAGACGGUGGGCUGGCUCCGGGAGCAGCUGGAGACGCGCAGGGACGGCCUGCUGGUCAUGGACUGCCGGGCCCAGGAGCUCUACGACUCGUCGCACGUCGAGACGGCCAUCAACGUGGCCAUUCCGAGCCUCAUGCUCCGCCGGCUCAAGAAAGGCAACCUGCCCGUGCGCUCGCUGCUCUCCAACGGGGAGGACCGAGAGAGGUUCGUGCGCCGGUGCAAGACCGACACCAUCGUACUUUACGACGAGUACAGCCGGGAGUGGAACGAGAACGUGGACGGGGGCUCCGUGUUGGGUUUACUGCUGAGGAGGAUGAAGGACGAAGGCUACAAGGCCUAUUAUCUGGAGGGGGGUUUCAGUAAAUUUCAGGCCGAGUAUCCUGCGCUCUGCGAAACCAACCUGGACGGCUCCUCCAACAACAGCUCCCCCACCGCCCAGGUGUUGGGCCUCGGGGGUCUGCGAAUCAGCUCCGACUCGUCGGACAUCGAGUCGGACAUAGACCGGGACCCCAGCAGCGCCACGGACUCUGACGGCAGCCCAUUGUCGAACCCGCAGCCCUCCUUCCCCGUGGAGAUCCUGCCGCAUCUGUACCUAGGCUGCGCCAAGGACUCCACUAACCUGGACGUGCUGGAGGAAUACGGCAUCAAGUACAUCUUGAACGUGACUCCAAACCUGCCAAACCUGUUUGAGAACGCUGGGGAGUUUAAGUACAAGCAGAUCCCCAUCUCUGAUCACUGGAGCCAGAACCUCUCACAAUUCUUCCCAGAGGCCAUCAGCUUCAUUGAUGAAGCUCGAGGUCAGAAGUGUGGCGUGUUGGUCCACUGCCUCGCCGGAAUCAGCCGUUCUGUGACUGUGACAGUGGCCUACCUGAUGCAGAAGCUCAACCUCUCCAUGAAUGACGCCUACGACAUCGUCAAGAUGAAGAAAUCUAACAUCUCCCCCAACUUCAACUUCAUGGGGCAGCUCCUGGACUUUGAGCGCACGCUCAGCCUCAAGAGCCCGUGCGACAACCGUAUGGUGGUGCCCAGCCAGCAGCUCUAUUUCACCACUCCCACCAACCACAAUGUCUUCCAGCUGGACCCUCUGGAGUCCACGUGAGGACACGUUCAUGUCCCAACCCUGUCUUUUCUGGAGGUUUUGUGAGCCUCCUGUUGGAAAAGCUGCAAAAAGUUUCUCUUUUUUGGUCAUCUGCCAUGCCAGGCUCAUGAUGUUAUUGAUACAGCUGGUUUUGGGCGACAGCUGCUGAGCGUGGUUACUGGAGGGCUGUGUGGCCGAGACUCAGCUUCUCUGGA